AUGCCAAGAAUUGCAAAAACUCAAAUACAUCGUGAUAACUACCCUGCAACAGACGCUGAACAAUUUUACUUGCGUAGCACUUAUGUUCCAUUAUUGGACACUAUUAAAUCAGAUAUAACCAACAGGUUAUCAACAAAGACAUUGGAAGCAUUUGAUUUGCGUUUACUUAUACCAAAUAUUACUGUUAAACUAAAUGACAAUGAUGGUUGGGACCAACAAAAAAUAUCUAAGAGAAUCAUUGCAGUAGCAAAAAAGUUUUCACCUCUUUUCACUGUUUCCGAAAAUGUAAUGGUUGAUAUGUUAGAAGGUGAAAUUUGUCUGUGGCUUCACAAAUGGAAACAUCAACCGAUUACAGAACGUCCAUGUACAGCUUUGGAAUCAUACAUGCACUGUGAUGAAGAUAUGUUUUCAACUAUUAGGAAAUUAUUGCAAGUAUUAGCAACUCUACCAGUUAGUGUGGCCUCUGCCGAAAGGAGUUUCUCCACACUUCGGAGACUUAAAACCUGGCUUCGUUCAAGGAUGACCGAAGAUAGACUAUCAUCAUUAUGUCUAAUUAAUGUACAUAAUAAAAUAGAUCUUCUAGAUCUUCUAGAUCAUAUUAUUGAUAAUUUUGCCAAUUCUAAAAAUAGACGACUUGAAUUUGUGUUAUAA